CUAAAGGCUGUCGAGAACUUCAUGGCGGGAAGCGAUUCACAGAAGCCUCUCCUAACUUUGAUUCGCGAUUUCACCUCAGAAAAAUCUCAAGGAGAGCGAAGAAUUGUGAAUCAGAAGAAACGAAUCGAAGAACUAAGAUCUGAGCUGGAUGCAGCAAACGCGGAGCUGGUAGAGGCGAAGCGUGACAGAGAGAACACGGAUCAAGAGCUCAAAGGCCAUGAAGUAGAACUAUCCAUGAACGAGGCUUCGCUUCAAGCGUUAGAGUCGAGGAAUGCUCUCGUUAACUCUGAUGUAUCAGCACUUGGUGGAAAAUUGGCGGAACUCAAGAGUGAAGAGAACUCCCUGUGGGAUGGUUUUAUUGCAAGAAUGCUUGAGCUAAAUGCAGCGAUAAGGAAAUUUCAAGAGUUUAUAGUUUCCUCUUCUAAUGUGGAUAAAUCUGCUCAGGCUACUCCUACCGGAGAAGCAGGACCCUUAAUCACACACAAGCAAGAUGGCGAACAAGCCAGAUUGGCUCUUAAGAAUGAACUUGCGCAAAUGGUGUUGCAUACUGACCAGGAGGAACAACAGUACAAAACUGAAAAAGAGAUUUGCAGCAUGCUCCAAGAAGAGCUUAGUAAUUUGAAAAGAAAAGCAAUGCUUCUGGAGUCAGUUAUGAAAGAAAGCAUGGAGCUGCAGGAGUUGAGCAAGCAGACUUCAGAACUGGAAGAAAACUGUGCUGCUUUUGGGGAUGAGCUACAAAAGAGAUUUUUAUGCCCACGAUGUAAUGAAGAUAAUUCAGCGGAACUUGGUGCAAUUAUUCAGCCCAGUGAGGAAACAUAACAUCUUGUAAGUACUUUGAAACUUCACAAACUUAGUUUUCUUAAUAUACUCCAGUUAUGUAAUUGCAAAGAGUCAAAUCAAUUGCGUGAGGGCAUAGACACCUAAAAUUAUAUGGAAUAAUGUAAAUUGCACUGUUGAUGAUCAGUAUUCUUGCAUGCA